UCUUACCUUGUGUUAUUAUUACAUGUUAUUGCAUUUGUCCAGCAGGGGGCAAACUCACUCUUGGUAUUAAAAGAGCCUGUUGUACAUGUUCCCACGAGGAAGUCCCGGAAGCAUGUUACCAAAGUAAACCCAGUUAAAUCUACUCUUAUGUUGUGGACAUACAAUUAUUGAUCACAAGAUACAACAUAUUAUUGGCGACGAGGAUUAAGAAGAGGAUUAAGACAAGGAUCAAUACGGGAUCAAAGAGGACAUGCCGAACGGACUGGUUAGCACCUUACAUGCAGGUUUGGGUCGUUAGCGGCAGCUAGCUCAAAUUAUUAGCAUAGUCUGCGGGUGGAGGAGAGGAUUCAUUGACACACAAUGGCAAUGAUUGGCACGCUGGCACCUUUUGAUGCAAAAAAUCAGAAGUGGGAAGAAUACUGUGAAGUAUUGGAACAGUUUUUUGAGGCUAAUGAAAUUGAAAAUGGAGACAGACAAAGAGCCAUAUUAAUAAGUGUUGUGGGAUCAUCAACAUACAGCCUUAUGAAAAACCUCCUCAGUCCGGAUAAGCCCAAGGAUAAGACUUACACACAACUUGUGGAGCUGCUAAAAAAUCACUUUGACCCAAAGCCUAGUGAAAUUGUGCAAAGGUACAAGUUUGACUCCCGCAACCGUGAGCCAAAUGAGUCAGUAAUGGAAUACGUGGCUGAGCUGCGUCGGUUAGCGCAGGAUUGCAACUAUGGUAACACUUUGCAGCAGAGGUUGAGAGACAGGAUCGUCUGUGGAAUAAAUGAAGAUCGGAUUCAGAGACGACUCUUAUCAGAAGCGGAUUUAACAUUUGAAAAAGCAUUGUCAAUUGCUGUGGCGUCAGAGACUGCAAAUAAAAAUGCACAGGAGAUACAAAGCCAAGGGGCCACAGCUAAAUGCUUCAAAAUGGAUAAAAAGCCACAGGAGGCUUAUGCACACAGAGAACCUACCAAAGAGUGUUACAGAUGCAAGGGAACCAAGCAUGAAGCAGCAGACUGUAGGUUUAAACAAGAGAAAUGUCAUGCAUGUGGUAAAAUAGGACACAUUGCCAGAGCUUGUCGUAGUAGAUCUACACAGAAGGGAAACAGCAACAAAAAUGCAGACCCAAAGAGAGAAAGGAGGCAAACCACAUAUCACCGUUCUCAUAAAGUACAAGAGCAACGGAGCCAAAGUGAUAGCUCAGAAGAAGAUACAUUCUAACUGAAUAAGA